GCGGCGGCAAGAUGGCGGCGCCCGGGGGCUCCGCGGCCUCCUCGGCGCUCAAGGGCUUGAUCCAGCAGUUCACCGCCAUCACGGGUGCCAAUGAGAGCGUAGGGAAGCACAUGCUCGAAGCGUGCAACAAUAAUCUGGAGAUGGCCGUCACUAUGUUUCUAGAUGGUGGAGGGAUAGCCGAGGAGCGCACCAGCUCAGCAGGGGUGUCGACCGUCCGACCGCUCACCGAGGAUGAAGUACGAGCUCCCAUUCCAAAACAGGAAAUACUGGUGGAACCCGAGCCACUGUUUGGGGCUCCUAAAAGAAGACGACCCGCCCGCUCGAUAUUUGAUGGUUUUCGGGAUUUUCAGACUGAAACUAUUCGGCAAGAGCAGGAGCUGCGGAACGGAGGAGCGAUAGAUAAGAAGCUGACUACCCUGGCGGAUCUCUUCCGGCCUCCCAUUGACCUCAUGCACAAAGGCAGCUUUGAAACGGCGAAAGAAUGCGGCCAGAUGCAGAACAAAUGGCUGAUGAUCAACAUCCAGAACGUGCAGGAUUUUGCGUGUCAGUGCCUCAACCGGGACGUCUGGAGCAAUGAAGCCGUGAAGAAUCUGAUCCGGGAGCACUUCAUUUUCUGGCAGGUAUACCACGACAGCGAGGAGGGCCAGCGGUACAUACAGUUUUACAAACUGGGAGAUUUUCCGUACGUCUCCAUCUUGGACCCAAGGACAGGUCAGAAGCUAGUGGAGUGGCACCAGCUGGAUGUGACCUCUUUUGUGGACCAGGUGACGGGAUUCCUGGGGGAGCACGGACAGCUGGACGGACUCUCCAGCAGCCCCCCCAAAAAGUGCGCCCGCUCGGAGAGCCUCAUCGACGCAAGCGAGGACAGCCAGCUGGAAGCCGCCAUCAGGGCCUCCCUGCAGGAGACGCAUUUCGAUUCCACCCAGCCGAAGCAGGACAGCCGCUCCGACGACGAGUCCGAAUCGGAGCUCUUCUCCGGCAGCGAGGAGUUCAUCUCCGUCUGCGGCUCCGACGACGACGAAGAGGCGGAUAAUCCCGCCAAGUUUAGGAAGUCACCCCACAAAGACUUGGGGCACAGGAAAGAGGAGAGUCGGAGGGCUCCCGCUGAGCCCCCGGCCAGGACUGAGCCCGGGUCGGCGGCGAACCGUCAAGGACUGUGUGGCACGGAUUCGGAAAUCCUGGAGGGGUCGCCUGAGAAGACGGCCGGACUCACGGGGGCCCUGGAUGCAAAUGGACCAAAAGCACAACUCAUGUUGAGGUAUCCAGAUGGAAAGAGGGAACAGAUUUCUCUUCCAGAACAAGCUAAGCUUCUAGCCCUGGUGAAGCACGUCCAGUCCAAGGGUUACCCCAAUGAACGUUUUGAACUUCUCACCAACUUCCCCCGAAGGAAGCUCUCUCACCUGGACUAUGAUGUCACGUUACAAGAGGCAGGCCUCUGUCCUCAAGAGACGGUCUUUGUGCAGGAAAGAAAUUAACACCUGGGCCUGACCUCUUAGCUGACCUUUCUUCCCUCUCAUCCGUCAUACCGAGUCACUGAGUGUGCAGGUGAACUGUCACAGGACCACAGAGCUGAAAUCGGGCUUGCCUCCUCCUCCUUCCCCUCCUCUUCCUCCUCCUCCUCCUCCCUUUAGCUCUUGAUCUCUUCCGGUCUCUUUCUUUCUCUCCUUCUCCUGUCCUUUUCAUCUCUCUUCCCUCUCCUUCCCAAUUUGGUGACCAAAUGACAAAAAAAAAUUUCAGGAGGAGAGGCAAUCCCGGCCCUAGCCGAAAGGCAUGGGAGCACCAUUGGGGAAAGGGAGAUUUGCACUUCAGUUUCUUGGAAUAAAAAAGGUAAUCUGUCCCUUGCAUUUCUUGUGGCAAAAGUGGCCAGAUUAAAAAAAAAAAAAAAAAGACUUUAAUUUCCCUGCCCCGGCCCUCCCGUCUUAAAACAGUGUUCUUUUAAAUAUAUAAAUUUUAGGAAAUAUCAUGUGAUGAAAUUGCCCAGUUUUUUCUUAAAUGGAGAAAGUGUAUCUUGGGGUUGUUUGUGUUUUCUGUACUUGUUUAUUUUGGGGGGGGGGGGGGUUUGUUUUUUUUUCUCAAAACAGGGAUCAUUGUUCCCUUUCCAAGCCUGACGAGGAAUACUGUCCUAGCUGUACAUGUUAUGAGCAAACCGAUUUGCCAGUUACGGAGUAACCUAACUAGAGUACGGGGACUUUCAGGACUCCAGCCGGAGCCCGCCUUCUGCCAUGCCUUCUAAGUCACCUGGUUCCCGGUAUUGAGGCCUCACCUAGAAGUAGCUCAAGUAAAUAUUAACGGAGGUCGAGUAAUUCUGGGACGUAGAUGUUAGAUGACUGUUUGCUUGGAAGAUCUUCCACCACAUUGAAAGUUCUGAGACGAGGAAGCGUGCACGUUUCCUCUAAAUCGUUCUCAGGAACUUCCUGGUCAGGGUAAGGUGGUGCUGGGCCGGGAAACGGUAGCCGUCAGUCACGUGGCUGGAGAUGGGACACGGAUUCGUUCCGGGUAUUGAUCCCAGGUGCCGUGAAGCACAUCACCGAGUUUGGGGAAGGUGGGUCCACGAAGCGGGAUCCUUCUGAUUCCAGGAUGGAGUCCUGAAGCUUCUUGAGAAGCUGCUCGGACCGAAUGAGACUAGCCGUCUCUGAUAGCUACUUUAAGAGCCCGGCUCGAACCGAAAAAUCCUCUUUUAAAAUCGGUGAUCCUUUAGAUCUGCUGCCACCCAAAACCGGGCUUGACUUGCCGUUGAGGUGAGAACCCCGCAUCCCCUCGAGUGGAGGAGAGACCGUCUGGCUUGUAGGCACGACAUUCAGGAAUCUCUUUCCCAGAACGCCCUGCCUUCCGUCCCAGCGCGGCGGAGAGAGCGUCAGUGACCGAGAGUUGCGCCUGUCGAAAUCUCCACUUUGGCCCCCUCAUACCGCCGAUCCUCCUACGGAAUGAGCCCGAUUUAGUCGUCAUUCAGGCCGGCUCACGUCUACACUCUAGGGAGGGAGGAGUGGCUAACGUUGGAAAUCACAAGAGUUGAGUUUAUUGAAGUUGGGUUUUGUAGGAAUAGAGGAAAUCCGUAGGCCUCACACCUGGUUCUCAAAGACCGUCCCUCUUUAACGUUGAAGGCUUAAAAAAAACGUAGGGUUAUCUCGCAGGAUGGUCGACUAGGACGUCUGAUGACGGGAUGCCUGGCGGGGUGGGAAAUGUUGAGGAACUGCGUAUCUUUUAGAGGAUCCCUGCCAGUGAACCGAUGAAUGAUUGUCCUCACGUUUUCCCGAAUCUGUGACGAGGUUUUAUGUGUAAGUACGACAGCUGUAAAGAUAUUUAUAAAUCUAUUUAUAUCAUUGCGACUUCACGCUCUACAUCUUCAGUUAUCUAGUCGGAUUAGCUGUUGAACAACGUCGCUCUCCCGGUUUGCGAGCAGCUUCCGGUUUCUUGCAGGAACGUGGUGCUUGGUCCUGGGGAGUAGGUUUCGGAGCGGUCCUCCAGGUAGCAUCUUCCGAGACCUCCGACGGGUUCGCUCGCUUCCUGAGGAAGGGAGCUGAGCCCUGAUGAAGGAGGGGACGUGGAGGGGGUCGGUGGAGCCUAACCCUAAACUUCCGGGCCCCAUCUGCUGUUGCAGGCCCACCGCCGUGGUUCCUCUCCGUAGACUCCUCUGGCUGAUACGGCCUGUGGGAUUCGAGGGAGGCAGAGGAGCAGGGCCCGGCCCGAUAGCUCCAUCCGACUAGUCCGCCGGUUUCUGAGCGGAUCGGUCGCUCAGUCAUUCGAUAGAAAGUUAGUUUCUUCGGUUUUGGCGGGGGUCGUGGUGUUCACGGAGUCAGAUUUGAGUCUGUAGGACUGGCCUCCUGAUCGGCCACUGGCAUACAGUCAGACAGACUCAAAAUGACCCGGAUACCCCUAUCGAUUUCCCUUGUUUUGCAGAUAUCGCCGCCCGUCUACGCCAGGGCCCGAAUUAGCUGGAUCGCUGAGGGAAUACCGGUCCCUCUAGGACUCAAGACUUUAGCGGGUAUUUUGGGUUUCCCUGCUGGAUAGGAUUACAAUACAAUGAGCCACCCCCCCAAUCCCUCCUUUCACUGUGUAAAAAAAGCAAACAAAGAAAAAACAUUGGAAAUAA